AUGCCAGUUACCAUCGGUCACGCGGUGGAUGCCAACGGGGAGUUAGUUCCGCCGGCGGGUCCCAGCCCCUCCAGCGAGAGCGGAAGCGCCCGCUCCUUCAAGCCCGUCCGCACAAAGGAGCCGCGCAAGUCCACGUCCGUCGGCACGUCCUCGUCGCGCUCGUCGCGCGCCUCACAGCCAGCCAGCCUCCGCGUGCCCAAGUCGCCUCGCUCCAAUGCCUCCUCCUCCUCCCCCGACCAGCCUACUGCUACUAACGCCGUAGAUCAAUCCAGUACCCGCGAGCAGUCCGCGCGUACCGGCGGCUCGCAAAGCGGUAGCUCCCGACGGUCACGCCAUAAGGCGAACUCUUCCGCGGACUCGCUGUCGUGCGCCUCCGCCGUCACCACGGCGUCGGACGAUGGCGUGGGCGACGCGGCGGAGUUUGCAGCAGCACCCGCGGAACCACCUUCCACCACCGCCUCGUCCGCGCCUACCGCUUCCGGGCGCAAGAGCGCGGCUUCGAAGAAGGAGCGGGUGGCGGAACCGGAGUUAGACGUAGAGGGUGGGAACGAGGGAGAGGGGGAGGACGGGGGCGGGGGAGAGCGGGAGGGGGAAGGGGAGGAGGAAGACGAGGAUGAGGCGCCGGCUUUGCAGCGCGUGCAACGAUCCACCACGGCUCCGCAUUACGAGCGCGUUAAAGGCGCCGCGGUCGGGGACGAGCCGCGGCCGAUGCGCGUGAGCACGAGCUACGACGCGCGGGGCAAGCGAGGGCUGUUACUUUCGCCGAACACACAUCGCGUGGUUUCUUUCGCCAGCGACGUGAAGCUUCCUGAAGGAUUCGAGAGCGAGGAUGCCGAAGCGUUUAGCCGCAACAGCACGGGGGGGUUGGUGGGGUAUCAACAGGUUGGGGGCUUGCCGCGCCCGUUAUCGGCACCUUCGUUAAUUGCGCAACUGAACUCCAUGCUGACGCCGUCAAGAUCCGUGGGGAGUUUCACGGAAAGCGUUGGUGUCAGCGGAAUCGCGGUGUACGUGGGGCCCAAGAUGCAACUGUUCCGAGUGACCAGGACGCUGCUCACGAAGAUCCCCUUCUUCCGCAAGCAGCUGGAGACCACCGCGCCAGAUGGCAAGCUGCAGGCGCCAGAGGAUGCAUUGGAGGAUGAGGAGGUGUCGUUCAUGCUGGACUGUGAUGAAGCCACCUUCUCCCGUGUGCUCACCGUCGUACAAUACCACAGUCUCGAAGCCCUCCCUUGGAUGAACGACGAGGAUUUCUUCCGUCUGCGCUCCGAGCUCGACUUUCUCGGCAUCACUCUCCCGCCCGGCUCGCCCUGGCACCACCUCCCCUGGAAGGACGAGCGCAAGGCCGCCGCCGCCUCUGCCGCUGCUGCCGCCGCCGCCGCCGCUUCCGGCAUUCUCAACCCCGCUGCUGCCGCUCUCACCGCUGGGUACACUUCUAGUUCGGAUACGGAGGAGAUUCGGGAGGUGCGCGGCGGGGCGGCGGCGGGGGGAGGGAUGGCCGGAGGGCUGGCUGGAAUGAUGGGGGCGAUGGUGGGUGGGGGAAUGGGAGUUGGGGGAGGAGCGGGAGGCAUGGGAGGCAUGGGAGGAGCGGGAGCGGGAGCGGGAAUGGGAGUGGGAACCGGAGUGGGGGGGAAGGGGUUUGGGACGGGAAGGGCGUCGCUGAUCAGUGCACGGUCCAUGGUGCGGCGCAGUGUGGUGGUGGGGGGAGGGGGGCCUGAGGCCUCGCCGGGGGCUGGAGGCGGGAUGGGAGCGGGAAGGGCGGCGGGAGGAGCGAAAUCGCUGGUGGAGGAGGACAGGCUGGACGUGGUUUACCGUCACGGCAGCGACACGGCAGCGGCGUGCACGUGCUUUGGCACCAAGGAGGCGGACGGCCACUCGCACUGGGUGGUGUCUCUCUUCCACGGCCACGUCUUCUGCGCCUUCUGUGGCCGUGCACCCACGUGGCAUCCAAAGCUCUUUGCCGACAUCUUUCUGCUCGCUGCCCUUCCCCCUGCGCCUACCCAGGUCAGUCACUCCCCGUCUCCCCCACCUCUCUGCCUGCCCUCGUCAUUCCCUACUCUCUCCUCCCCCCCCUCUGCCUGCCCUGGUCAUUCCCCUCUCUCUCCUCCUCCCCCUCUGCCUGCCCUGGUCAUUUCCUUCUCUCUCCUCCCCCCCUCUGCCUGCCCUGGUCAGUUCCCUUCUCUCUCCUCCCCCCCCUCUGCCUGCCCUGGUCAGUUCCCUUCUCUCUCCUCCCCCCCUCUGCCUGCCCUGGUCAGUUCCCUUCUCUCUCCUCCCCCCCUCUGCCUGCCCUGGUCAUUCCCUUCUCUCCUCCCCCCCCUCUGCCUGCCCUGGUCAUUCCCUUCUCUCUCCUCCCCCCCUCUGCCUGCCCUGGUCAUUUCCUUCUCUCUCCUCCCCCCCUCUGCCUGCCCUGGUCAGUUCCCUUCUCUCUCUCCUCCCCCCCCUCUGCCUGCCCUGGUCAGUUCCCUUCUCUCUCCUCCCCCCCUCUGCCUGCCCUGGUCAUUCCCUUCUCUCCUCCCCCCCCUCUGCCUGCCCUGGUCAGUUCCCUUCUCUCUCCUCCCCCCCUCUGCCUGCCCUGGUCAUUCCCUUCUCUCUCCUCCCCCCCUCUGCCUGCCCUGGUCAGUUCCCUUUUCUCUCCUCCCCCCCUCUGCCUGCCCUGGUCAUUCCCUUCUCUCUCCUCCCCCCCUCUGCCUGCCCUGGUCAUUCCCUUCUCUCCCUUCCCUUCCCCCCGCCUGCCCUGGCCAGUCCCCUUCUCUCCCCCACCUAUGGCUACAAAGACCCUCUCGUCGCCCCUGGCUGCCCAGAUCACUCCCGCUCUCCUCCCCCGCUUUCUUCCCCCCUCUCGUUUGUUCUGUUUCCUUUGUUGUCAUGUCAACACCACACCGCGCGUUUCUGGAGCUGCAAGUUUGCUACAUGGGCAACCCUCAGUAUCCCACCCUUCCCUUCUGCCUUCGCCUCCCCCUCUCCCCCCCCUUCCCCUCCUUCCCCCUCCCCAUUACCCCGGCCUCCCCUUCUCCCCCCCCUGUCUGCAGCGAGUCUCCCUGGAGCCGUCUUUCUACUACGUGGGCAUCCAACAACAUCCCCCCUCUCCCUUCUUCGUCCCCCUCCCCAUCCCGCACCCCCCUUCCCCCCUUCUCCCCCACUCCCCUCCCCCAGCGCGUCUCCCUGGAGCCGUCUUUCUACUACGUGGGCAACCAAGAAAGAGGGUGUGUGACUACAUGGCCGGUGACUCUCCUCCAGACCCCUUUUGUGGACGGGGCGCUGGUGCCGGCACUGUUGUACCUGCUCCUUCUCUCUAACCCCCCAAUGAUCUCCCCCACCACACUUCUCACUCCCUUUAUCUCCUCACCCCCUUUAUCUCCCCCAAUGAACUCCCCCUCCUCGCCCCCACACCAGCUGGUGGCAGCGCUGGCUGCAGCAACAGUGCCGGCAGCAGCCGGGGGCGUUCCCCACAACCCUGGGGGGGGGCGAAGCAGUGCUGGGUGA